GAUUUUUCUUCCUUAUACGCAUGCGCUAUAGUGGCAUCGCGUUUGUUAAGCGUGAUUUUUAUUUAAAUUCAAGAAUAAUUCUUUUAUUGUACUUAUACUUACAGACCCGUGAUGUGUCUUUGACUACUGAAUAUUUGCAGUCAAAAAUAUUAAGAUUGUGCGACGAAAAUAGUGUUAAUAAAAUAAUAGGAUAAUUUUUCUUUACUAUAGAUUACAAAUAUAUUAAUAAAUACUAUAAAGGAAAAAAUUGGGACAAUUGGUUGAUUUUAUAUGCUAUGCCAAAAUCAUUUUUGGUAAAAAACUGUCAAAUAAAUAUGGAGUUAGAGUCGGCAUUAGACCAUAAUAGUGCUUUUUCGGUGGUUUCACCAAAAAUCAAAGAGUACGAGACCGCAAUGAACCUGACAAUACCACACCGUGUACCACCGUCAACGUCGCCUAUAUUGACGUCACCAAUAACGCCGCGAAACACGCUCGCCGCGCAUGCCAGCCCCGUAAGUUCAAGGUCAUCUUCAUCCCCGGUACCGGAUGUAGACAAUGAAGUUUCCCACAAUAGGGAAGCUGGGAAAAUACGACCAUUCCGGCCGUGGCUGAGUGUUAAAGAUGACGUGGAGAACAAAGAUACUGAAGAAAAUGAAGAUAUGAAUGAAAAUAAAAAUUCAGAUGAUGAGCACGUGAGUAAAACAAGAAAUGGCCUGCAAGAUCCGAAGCUGUGUCUGGCUGAAAUUUACCGCUAUAAUUUACUACAAGGAAUCUACAGAAAUCCCUUUAACAUAUUUGCAAUGGCUAGAUCAAACGUGCCAAACUUUUGGACGGACCCACGAAUGUACCCAUACCUCUGUGCUAAAGGACUGGCUAAUUUUAAUUUAAAUAUGGGAAUGAAUCAAGCUGGAUUUAACAUGAACUAUGACAGUCCGGUUGUAGAGGCUCAAAUACCCCACCCUAUGUCUGAAUUCGGAUCCUAUGAGAAGGGUACCUACGAAUGUGUAAAAUGCAUGAAACAAUUUAGCACACCGCACGGGUUAGAAGUGCACGUGCGGCGGUCACACAGCGGUAGGCGCCCGUAUGCGUGUGACGUUUGUAACAAAACAUUUGGUCACUCUGUUAGCUUGACACAGCACCGAGCAGUUCAUACACAAGAAAAAAGUUUUCAGUGUCAACAAUGUGGUAAAUCGUUCAAGCGUUCCUCAACAUUAUCAACCCAUCUCCUGAUACACAGUGACACAAGACCAUACCCGUGUCCCUACUGCGGUAAACGUUUCCAUCAGAAGUCAGACAUGAAGAAGCAUACAUAUAUACAUACUGGUGAAAAGCCAUACAAAUGCAGCCAUUGCGGUAAGGCAUUUAGUCAAAGUUCCAACCUCAUUACACAUUGCCGAAAACAUUCCGGAUUUAAACCUUUUACCUGUAAAACAUGUGGCCGGGCGUUCCAGCGUAAAGUCGACCUAAGACGUCACCUUGAGACUCAACAUGGUGAAGAAAAAACAACUUCAGAUUUAUUUCCGGUUCAGACUGUGUCACGUGAUUCAAUGAUCAACUCCGACUACAGUCAUGCGCAUGCACAUGCGCACAGACAAGUGCUGGUUUCGUGAACAAUUACCGGAAAUCAUAAUUCGGGUUAAACCUUUAACAUUGCGUAAUCGUUAGUGUAGAAUUCAUUGGUCACAGCAGGCAAGAGACCAAAGGCGGUUUGAAAAUAAUCAACAGUUCAGAAGUAUGGAAAUUGUUAUUAGCAUAUUAUUAAUAAGACAAAUAUUUUUUUUCUUCCUCUUUAACCAUUCCAUGGUCAUAUUUUUGCACUCGAAUCGUGAAAUCUGUAACAGUUUUGCACUACACAUCUAGAAUUUUUAUCACUGCACUUUCUUUCUGCACUUUCUGCCUUUUUAUGAUUGACAAUACAAAAAUAGAAAUUUAUAACACUGAAUAUUUAGUAUAUUUUCGGAUAAGUCUUUGGAGGAAAACUUCUUAAUCCCGCUACAGAUAAUGUCAUAAUUUAAUGAAGGAAUAUACAUGUAUUUAUAUUAGCUAUAUCAUAUUAUCUCCUUCCACUCUAUCUUUCCUUUCAUUUUCUGAUCAACGUGUUUGACCUUGAUUAUAUAAAAACUAACCAACGAAUCUAGUUGAUUUAAUUCAACACGUGUUUAGAUUUAUUUAAAUAAUGUUUUUGACAUAUGAGGAAAAUAUGAGUCACUUUGCGAUGUUUUCUAUGAAAGCUUACUGUUUCGCAACAAUCAUAAAAUUUCUUAGCAGUGAAUAUAUAUUCUAUAUCACACCCAGACGUUACUAAGAAUAUUUUGAAAUGUCUCAGUGUUCAGUCUGUCAAUAAAUGAACUAUGCUCAGCUAUAGUCUGUAUAUGUAAGAGUCUUGUCGGUUUUGUGUAUUAUAUUUUAAGUUUGGAUCCGGGAAAAUUUAUCAUAUUUUAUCAUAAUUAUGUGCUAUUUAUUAAUUUUUUUAAACGACAUGUUUCUUAUUCUUCAUAUUAAUAUACUAUUUAUGGUUAUGUUUUUUUAUUCUAAUAAAAUGUAUAAAUUUGA